AUGAGUAAUUGGGAUUUCAACCAAAAACUCAAAGAUGAUUAUGCUCAAGCUAAAAGAAUAUCAACAUCAUAUGAAGGAGAACAAGAAUGUCUUUGCAUGGCAUUACUAAUGCGACACGGAGUCAAUUUUGUUUUACUUAAACCAAGGAAAAUUAAACAAAAAAAUUCAAAGAGUUUAGCAGCUUUAUUUAUGACAAUAGAUGAAAUUCAUAUUGGCCAACAACGAUUUAAAUUUUCUGAAUUAAUUCAUAACGAAAUUAAUGAAGCAGAAAAGACUAUUACUAGUAUUGCUGACUCUCGUAAAACAAAGUAUCGAAAAAGAAAUCUUGUCUCAGCAACAAAUAAUUUCUUAUAUGAAAUGCUUAAAAGUAUUGGUUAUAAUACAUCACUCAAGAGUACUAGAGCGACACAUUAUGUUAUUAAAAUGAAAAGAAUAAAGUCAAUUUCUGGUUUUGGUGUUGAUUAUCAAACUUGGAAGGAUAUUAGUUUAAUUGGUCAGCAAAUUAAUCAAAAAUUUAGAAGUGAGUUUGAAGAUUUAAAUACUAAACGUGAAAUGCCUGUUUUAUUCCAAUUUCAUCAAAUAAGUUCUUUAAUGUUUCCUGAUAUAUCUGGUAAAAUUUUAGAUUCUUUACUUAUUGAUUUCAUAUUUCAACAUCGAGACAAUAAUAAGAAAAAUAUUACAAGUUCAAUUAAUGAUGAACUAAUUGAUAUUCCUUUAACUGAGAUAGAAAAAGAAAAAGAUAUUGUUUAUAGAAUUGUUGAUUGUGCUUUUGGUAGGUUCUUUUCACAAAUAUCAACACAUUCAAGUAAUGGUAAAUAA